ACAUGGCGGAUCAUCGUGCAAAAAUCGUAAAGUGAUGUUCAAACUUCUUAAACUGUUUUAUUAAUUCGAGAAUUUAUGGACUGAACUAAUGCGAACUCUUCUAAAAUUUGAAAUCUUCAUUUUUCAUUUCUGAGGGAAAAAAGGACKUUUGCGGUGUUGUAGAACCAAGGUUUUUGAGAAAAUUAUGGCAAACUUAACGAGUUGGGUGGCUGAUGAACUUCACGAUGUUUUAGGAUUCUCUGAUAAGCAUACAGCAGAGUAUUUGAUUAAUCUAGCCAAGAGUUCUCCAAGCUCGGAAACUAUGCUGCAAAAGAUAUCAGAUAGUCUUGGAGGGGACGCCAAAAUGCUCAGUUUGGCUCGUGAUUUGUGGAGCAAGGUUCCACAUAAGGAACAGCCAACACUGCAUCCUUACAGAGCUAAAGAAAAGGCCCUGAUUGAGCAACAACAGAAAUACAGUGAUUAUAAAUUAUUAUCAGAUGACGAGGAUGAAGAAGAACUUAUUCAGUCAAGAAAAAUGCAGUCAAAACACGAGCGAAAGCGAAAACAUUUGAGGAGAAAAGAAGAGAGUAGUAGCUCCAGUGACGAUGAGAUUGCUGAUGACUCUAAGAAUGUUCAUAAAGAUGCUGAAUCAGAGGAAGAAUGGGAAAAGGAAGAGAAUGAUAGGUUAAAAGAUUUGGAGGAAAGGGAUGCAUUUGCACAGAGAAUGAAGGACAAAGAUAAGUCAAAACAAAGGAAUAUCAUGGAAAGGUCAGACAAAAAGGCAUUUGAAGAAGCUAAGAAAAGAUUACAGCUUGAUGAAGAAGACAGAAAAAAGAUGGUACCAGAACUACGAAAGCAGUCUCGACGGGAAUACAUAAAGAAAAGACGUGUUGAUAAACUGGAAAUGCUACAAGAAGACAUCAAAGAUGAUGAGUAUCUUUUUGAGGAAUCCUCUCUCUCCAAAAGAGAAAAAAAAGAAAGGGAAUACAAGAAGAAAGUUUUAUCAUAUGCAAUUCAACAUCAACAAGCAGGUGAAAUUGAAAAGGUGCAGCGUUAUCACAUGCCAAAAGAGAAGCAGGAGCCAUCRCAGUAUGAUGAAAUCAUUGAUGACGAAAAAGGACCAAAUUAUGAGCAGAAAAAGUGGGAAGAGGAUAAACUUGGUUAUGCACAAAUGAGGUUUGGAGCUAAAGAUGCUAAGGAAAGGAAUAAGAGUGCUGAGUAUGAUCUUCUKGUGGAAGAGGAGCAGAUUGGGUUUGUCAUGGCAGAGGAAAUACCAGGAACAAAGAUGUCAAAAGAACCUGUCAAGUCUGAAGCUGAGAUCAAAAAGCAGACAAUACAAGAGGUUCGUAAAAGCUUACCAGUGUAUGCAUAUAGAGAAGAGCUCCUACAAGCUGUGGCAGAGCAUCAAGUGCUGAUUAUAGAAGGUGAAACAGGGUCAGGAAAAACAACUCAAAUUCCACAGUAUCUUUAUGAAGCAGGAUAUACAAAAGACAAAAAGAAAAUUGGAUGCACACAGCCUCGCCGUGUAGCUGCUAUGAGUGUUGCUGCAAGGGUUUCAGAGGAAAUGGGAACAAAACUGGGAAAUGAAGUGGGAUAYAGYAUUCGAUUUGAAGACUGCUGUUCAGAAAGAACUAUUCUUAAGUACAUGACGGACGGCAUGUUAUUGCGUGAGUUUCUUGGUGAACCUGAUUUAGCAAGUUAUAGUGUUAUAAUAGUAGAUGAAGCUCACGAAAGGACCCUUCAUACUGACGUUCUGUUUGGCUUAGUGAAGGACAUUGCACGCUUCAGACCAGAUAUCAAACUCAUUAUCUCUAGUGCAACUCUAGAUGCUGACAAAUUCUCWAGUUUCUUUGAUGAUGCACCAAUAUUUAGAAUACCUGGUCGACGUUUUCCAGUACACAUCUACUACACUAAGGCCCCUGAGGCAGAUUACCUGGAUGCUGCCGUGGUAACUGUACUUCAAAUACAUGUGACACAGCCAGAUGGUGAUGUUCUGGUAUUCUUGUCUGGCCAGGAAGAGAUUGAAACUGCUCAGGAAUUAUUGCAAGAGAGAACACGAAAACUUGGUUCAAAGAUUAAAGAGUUAAUUAUUCUCCCUAUCUAUUCUACUCUACCAUCAGAUUUGCAGGCAAAGAUUUUCGAACCCACUCCCCCUGGUGCUAGAAAGGUUGUCCUGGCAACAAACAUUGCAGAGACAUCACUUACCAUUGACGGCAUCAUUUAUGUUAUUGAUCCUGGGUUUUGUAAACAAAAAAGUUACAACCCAAGAACUGGCAUGGAAUCACUUGUAGUCACUCCUGUUUCAAAGGCUUCUGCAAACCAGAGAGCAGGACGAGCAGGCCGUGUAGCUGCAGGGAAAUGUUUCCGUCUUUACACGGCAUGGGCUUACAAGAAUGAACUAGAGGAAAACACUAUCCCUGAAAUUCAGCGGACUAACCUUGGAAAUGUUGUUCUACUGCUAAAGAGUUUGGGAAUCAAUGAUUUGAUACACUUUGACUUUAUGGAUCCUCCUCCCGCUGAGACAUUAAUCCUUGCAUUGGAGCAGCUUUAUGCAUUGGGUGCGCUAAAUCACCAUGGUGAACUGACAAAGCUUGGAAGGAAGAUGGCAGAGUUUCCUAUUGAUCCCAUGAUGUCCAAGACUUUGAUUGCUUCUGAAAAGUACAAGGUKGUAGAACAGAUGUUGACCAUUAUUGCAAUGCUAUCUGUAAACAAUGCCAUUUUCUAUCGACCAAAAGACAAGAUUGUACAUGCUGACAAUGCACGCAUGAACUUCUUCCGUCCUGGUGGAGACCACAUAACAUUGUUAAAUGUCUACGACCAAUGGGUAGARACAGGCUACUCCACUCAGUGGUGCUAUGAAAACUUUAUUCAACACCGGUCAAUGAAGAGAGCAAGAGAUGUCAGAGAACAGUUAGAAGGACUUGUGGAGAGAGUUGAAAUWGAGUCCACAUCUAAUCCUCAUGAUUACUUAGCCAUACGUAAGGCAAUUACAGCAGGAUACUUCUACCAUACAGCAAGGCUUGGAAAAGGUGGAAACUACAGGACAGUGAAACAUCAACAGACAGUAAUGAUUCAUCCUAAUAGCAGUUUGUUUCAAGAGCAACCAAGAUGGAUUAUUUAUCAUGAAUUAGUCUUCACAACCAAAGAAUAUAUGAGACAGGUAAUAGAGAUAGAUAAUACGUGGCUCCUGGAAGUUGCUCCUCAUUACUAUAAAAACAAAGAAGUGGAGGAUGGUUCUUCACACAAAAUGCCUAAAAAARUUGGAGUGACAAGUGAGCAACUACGCUCUACAUGACAAUGCCAUCUACAAGUGUCUAAACAACCUURAAAAGUUGUUUAUAUUGUACAACAUUUGGUACAUCUUUUUAUUGCUUAUUCAGCAGUGAGCUCAAAGCUUGAUAAAUUCAGCACAGUGUGUUGUAAUACGCAUGUAAUAUCUGCAAAAGUUGUACAGUGUAAAUAUUCCUACCCAACCAUUCACAUCAAAAGAAAUGCUGUAAAUUAUAAUUUUAUUAAACAAAUUAAAUUGGAGCUAUUGYUAUUGUUUGAUGAACAAAACUACAAAUAUUAUAAUAGAAACUAGGCUUGGUGCUGUACUAUGUACAUGACCACAUAGUAGCAGACAUGUAUAUUGAUUGUCAUUGUUUCAUUUGGAGUUGAAUAAUAAGUGUUUCACAGGUUAA